AUGGCCAAAUCUGUCCAAUACCAAUGGCUUCCUGGCCCUGUUGGCGACAUGCUCCGGUCAGCCUCGCUUGCAACAACCGCAUCAAUUCCUCUGGGUAACGCUACACUUGUAGUUACAACUGGGCACGUUGGCGUCGAUAUUAAAACAGGCGAGCUAGUGCGCAGCUCUCUCGAAGCCGAGUUCAAUGCCGUUCUUGAUUGCCUAGACGCCGCUCUACUGAACGCUGGCGUGGACGGUGGUUUAGCCUCGGCGCACAAGAUAGUGGCGUACUUCACAGCAAAAGAGUGCGAGGAAGUUAUGUUUGCAUUGUCUCAACAACGCUUCCCCAACUGGACACCUACAUGGACAUCGGUGGUGGUUGUUGAGCUUGUCAAUUCAGGAAUGCAUGCUGAGCUCCAGGCUGAGGCCAUUGCGAGCUGA